GUCGCCGGAGCUUUACGGUCAUAAAGGCGGAGGAGAGCCUUUGGAAAUUGGAACACAACAAUGGAAACUAAAUACACGCCCCAAGAGCAAUUAGCGCAAACGAACUCCAAUUCGAUGCCGAAUUUGAAGACCAAGAUUUUGGUUAUAAUGGGCGCCACUGGUUCAGGCAAAUCCAAGCUAGCCAUAGACCUUGCUUCACACUUCCCCAUUGAAAUCAUCAACGCUGAUUCCAUGCAGGUUUACAAAGGAUUGGAUGUUCUCACCAAUAAAGUUCCCCUUCAUGAGCGUAAAGGAAUCCCUCAUCAUCUGCUGGGCACAAUUAGCCCAAAUGUCGAAUAUACUGCUAAAGAUUUCCGGGAUUCUGCCAUUCCGCUUAUCAAUGAGAUUUGGUCUCGCAAUCGCUUGCCUGUUAUAGUUGGUGGAACAAAUUACUAUAUCCAGGCUCUUGUUAGUCGGUUCCUAUUGGAUGAUCAUGCAGAAUAUCUCGAAGAAGAUUGCUCACCGGAUAUUCCUGUGGAUAAUGAGGAAGCCGAUUUUCAACUUGGCCCGUCGAACGAAAAUUGUGAUUACACUUAUAGUCGUCUGAAAGACCUUGAUCCUGUGGCAGCUAACAGAAUUCACCCGAAUGAUCAAAGGAAGGAUUGGGGCCGAGCUGAUAAUUUAAGAUACGACUGCUGUUUUAUAUGUUUGGAUGCAUCUCUACCGGAACUGGAUAAGUAUGUGAACCGAAGAGUUGACCAAAUGGUGUCCACUGGUCUACUCGAAGAAGUUCGUGAUAUUUAUAAUUUCGAUGCUGAUUAUACGCGAGGGCUUAGGCAGGCGAUUGGUGUCCGGGAAUUUGAUGAUUUUUUAAGAUAUUGGAACAGUGAAUGUCUACAACAGUCGUCUGAAUGUUUGGGAGUUUCUAAACACAAUAUGCUUCAAGUUUUGGAUUCCAGUAGUGAGGACCAAUUGAAGAUCACCUUGGUAGAAGCUAUUGAGAGAGUGAAAUUAAAUACGAGAAGACUUAUUCGUUUUUCAGACAAUCUAUGGGCUGCAGAUGUGUUGGAACCAUCAGCCAAUAUAAUCAAAUCUUUCCUUGAUAAAGAUGUCAAAUUCAAUAUUACCAAGCCAAAUUCCCGAGAGGUAAAAGUAAAACGGGACCUUUGGACUCGAUACGUUUGUCAGGCAUGUGGUAAUAAGGAGCUUCGAGGCGCACAUGAAUGGGAACAACAUAACAAGGGGCGCUGCCAUCGUAAACGAAUAUCAAAGUUGAGAAAGUCGGGCAAAUUUUCGGAUUUGAGCCAAAACAAUUUUUCUGAUUAAUAUAUAUAUUUUUUAUAUAUUUUAUUUUUCUUUGGAGAAACGCUCAUUUCUCUACUUGAAUGUGUGAUUUGUGAAGUGCUUCAUCUGUAUCCCUUCAUGCCUGACAUAUUUUAGUACUUAAACGAAUUGUACUCAGGUUUUUUUCAGUGGUCAUUGGACAACUACUUCCCUUUUUGUGUUUUGAUUCAUAUUUUACAUGUAGGUCUUUUGAAGUUAAAGUUCACACUGCAUGGAUAUCAAUGUGACAUGAAUAAUUGGAUUUAACCAAAUUCUCG